AUGUCCACCUCCACUACUCACACUGCCAGCAUUGAACAUAUUAGAGACGAGUACCCAUUUGAUUCUGAUUUUUCACCUAUUCAUGCUACGUUACAGCAAGGUGGAACUGAUGUGAAGUACUCCUUACAUGAUGGAUACCUCUUUUUAGGGACACGUUUAUGUAUCCCUAACACUUCCCUUCGGCAGCACCUCAUCAGGGAGCUACAUGGCGGUGGUAUGGGAGGACACUUAGGGGUUAUCAAGACGUAUGCUGCAGUUGCUGAUUUAUACUAUUGGCCACACCUACAGCGCCGAUGUGCAGCAGAGUUCGCAUGCAACAGCUCUGUUAAUCGUACCACUGGAAGUACCCCAUUUGAGAUUGUUUUGGGCUUGCAACCUAAGCGCACUGUGGACUUGAUUCCUCUUCCUCCUCAUGUUCGUGUUAGUGUAGGAGUAGCCAUCAGGAUUCCUAGUGCAAGUUUGAAUCCUAAUUAG